CAAAAGGGGCUAGAGCAGAUGGCCAAGCAAAAGGAAUCUCUCUUUAAUUCCAAUGUCUUUCUUCAACAGGCUGGUCCAGAUGCACCGGAUCAACCUACGUUUAGGUCAGCAGUCAAGAGAGACGCUUUAAGAGAACUCAUCAAGAGCCUGCCACCGGAACUGAAGAAGCAGGCCACGCGAGAUAAAAGCAACCUGGAGGAUGCAACGAAAGAGUUCAACGGUACAGGCGAAAUCCGAAUUGAUCCAAACAACCACCAGCUCUGGCGGCUCAAGGGAUUCAAGACCCCAUUAAAGUCGUAUCAAGUCUUUGGCGUUGCUUUUAUGCGCAAACGUGAAAACUCAAAGACACAGCCAAAAGGAGGCUUGAUGGCGGACCAGAUGGGACUGGGCAAGACAGUCAUGAUGCUAGCCAGCAUGACCAACGGGCAGCGGCCAGAAAAUGCUCGGAGCAGAAAACCCAAGACGACGCUGAUCGUUGCCAGUCCCGCCAUCCUCACGCAAUGGCAGAACGAAAUCGAGCAGCACAGCAACUUUGGCUGGCUGCGUUACGGCGCCGGAACACGCAUCUACUCGAGCAACAACCUCAAGGUGUUGCUGGAAAACGACAUUGUCCUUACCACGUACAACGAGGUCAUGAGGUCGUACCCGAAAAACGAUCCGCCCGCCAACUGCACGACAGCGGAGCAAAAGGAGAAGUGGUGGGAAGACACGUACGAGGAGCGCCGCGGCGUGCUGCACCGCAUCAAGUUCCUGCGCAUUGUCCUCGACGAAGCGCAAGCCAUCAAAAACCACAAGUCGCGCACAUCGCUGGCCUGCCGCGCUCUCAUGGCCAAGCACAGGUGGGCGCUCAGCGGGACUCCGAUCCAAAACAGCCUGGCGGAACUAUAUCCUUACUUUGAAUUCAUCGGCGUCCCCGACACGAGCGGUUUCGCCGAGUUCAAGAGCAACUUGUGCAACCCGAAGCAUCCGGAGAAGAUGCUGCAGCAGCUUUCCAAGUUUAUGAUUCGCCGGACGCACGAAGAUAAGAUGUUUGGGGCCCCGAUUCUCAAGUUGCCCGAGGCCGGGCAGACGACGUUCUGGUGCGAGUUCAACUCGGUGGAGCGCUGCAUUUAUGAUAUUGUGUAUGAGCGAUUUGUGGAGCGCAUUAAUGCGUGGUCUAGGGAUGGGAUGCUGAAUAAGGCUUAUAGCAAUAUCCUCGUACUGCUCUUGAGACUCCGGCAGCUAGCUGCGCAUAUCCUCAUGCUUCAAUUCGUCAUGCGCGACCUCCUCGAGCAAGAAGACAUUGAGCGCAUCCACAACGUCGUCAAUGUGCAAGCCGCCGACGGUCGAAAUGGAAACACGAUUGUGGCCGUGCAAAAGCAGCUUGAGCAGCUGGCCAACAAGGAAAAGAAGAAGAAGGAGCGCAGCGAUUCCGAAGCAAAGGAGACCACCGAGUACGAUGACUCUGACAAGGACGACGACGCAGACGAAACUCCAUACUUGACGCAGCCGGAAGAAGCGACUCAGUUGGAAGCCGGCGGCGACUUUGGCCAAAGCUACAAUUUCAAGCCCUAUCUCAGGAGCCUGAAAACAGGCGCAAGCUGGGACACGGCACGCAAAAACGCAAAGUGCAUUGAGUGCGGCGAGAACCCCAUAGCGCCCAUGACGACUUCGUGCGGCCACCUUUAUUGCGGAACGUGCUAUGAGGAUGCGUGUCUCCGCAAUGCUGAGCAGGGCGUUGAUGUUACGCGGUGUGCAGCCUGUGGCAUCAUUCCUGAUUACGUGCAUCCGUGCGACCUGGAAGAGACGACUACAACUAGGAGCGGUAAGAAGAAGAAGGGUCGCAAGCCACCGGGAAACGAAGACAUUCCGGAUGACUGGCUCGAUGCCGUCUGCGGCGAUGUGCUGCCGUCUGCGAAGACUAUUGCCAUCAAGUCGCAGCUCAUGAACUGGUUCAAAGACGAUCCUGAUGUCAAGAUUAUUAUUUAUACCCAGUUUCUUGCCAUGAUUCGCAUUCUGGGACACGUUUGCAAGAAGGAAGGGUGGAAAGCUGAGCAGUAUCAUGGCAAGAUGAGCCUGGAGGACCGCGAUCAGGCGAUUCGCACGUUUGCGCGGGACCCAGAAUCGAGGGUUUUGCUCGCAAGUCUACAGUGUGGUGGCUUGGGCCUCAACCUCACCAUGGCUUCCAAGGUCAUCAUCAUUGAUCCAUGGUGGAACUCUGCGGCAGAGCAACAAGCGUUUUGCCGUGUCUUCCGCAUUGGGCAGAAACAGGAGACCUUCAUGGUGCGUCUUUGCGUGAAAGACACGGUGGAUGUCAAGAUUAUCGGAAUCCAAGCGCGCAAGGAUUGGGAGAUCAAACAGGUCAUGGGAAGGUACGUUCACGUUUGUGUUUCCAGGAAGGAUUCGCGCCGGUUGAUGGAGGCGUUCGGAGAGGUGGGCAGGGACGCCAAGGGCAAUCCGUACAUCAUCAACAGUGACACAAAGGCACGCCAUGACUGGAGGGCUGGGCGUGGCGAGGAUGACGAG